UUACUGUUCCAUUUACUGCUACAAUUUCAAAUAAAUUCUUUUGUGCUACUUGUUCGUCCUUUCUUUCUCUACCAGACGAUUAUUGCACAAGUGAAUCACGCCAUCGGUGCGGAAGGCGUUGUCAGUAUUGAAUGCAAACAAGUUGUUGACCAAUACGGGAAGAUGAUAUUGGACCUCCUCAUUGCACAGACACGGCCAGGAAAGGUAUGCAGCCAAAUCGGCCUAUGUGUAUUUGAUGGAACUCUACCUGCCAGUACUGGCAUUAAAUCUGUGCUUGACAAGGAAAACGUGAAUUCUUCUUCUCGUAAUGAAGAUUUGUUCUGCACUGCUUGUGAAAUGGCUGUAGUAUGGAUUAAGAAUCAGCUUCGGGAGAAUCAAACUGAGGAACUAAUACUAAACUAUGCUAAUGAGCUAUGUGGACGGCUUCCAAGUCCCAUGGGGGAAUCAGCUGUGGACUGCUCUCAGUUAUCAAGCUUGCCAGAUAUCUCUUUUACAAUUGCAGACAAAAGCUUUGUUCUUACUCCAGAACAGUAUGUCUUAAAGGUGGAACAGGCAGGCACCUCCAUUUGCCUUAGCGGAUUUAUGGCAUUUGAUCUACCUCCGCCAAGAGGGCCCCUCUGGAUCCUAGGAGAUGUAUUCAUGGGCGCCUACCACACAGUUUUUGAUUUCGGAAAUGAACAGAUUGGUUUUGCAAAAUCUGUUUGAGAGGGCCUUCCAAAUCUAUAUAACAUACAGUGUGCAUCAUGGCAGAAUCACCUCCUAAUUGCUUAAAACUCUAUUGACUCUUGCACACUUAUGGUUGGUUGAAAACCUGGAGCUGUAUUACACAAUAAUGUUAUAUAAAGCUUAUGGAUCAUGAAAUGCUUUAUCAAUGUUAUGCUUAGUUUGGCCAACUUCUGCUAAGUGAAGAGAGAGCUUUGGAUCUGUAAAAAUUCUAUUACCAAAUUAGUAGUCAUGGUUUUCUUAGCUUUU